UCAAAGAAAAGGACAUCCAAACCCAUAUAUUCUCAUUCUCAAAGUGCUUCUGCGGUUGUUUCUGUUAUUGAAGUUCCAUGAUGGCUCGCACUGUCUGCACGUGCCACAUGGUGUUCUCCGCCGACCGGAUUACUCCGACCGUCGUGUCUGUGUUCUCUGGCAUUGACAACAUCAGACUGUUGCCUUUCCGCUUCCAACUUCGAAGGAACACACACCUCCUCACUGCUCAACUUUCCAAUUCUUUCUCCAAUUUCGGAUUUCAUUCUCACUCUCAGUGUUUGAAUUCCGUUCAAUCGCAUGUUCCAUCACGGUUGCCUUGGAUGGGUCCAUUUCCGGGUGAUAUUGCUGAAGUGGAGGCAUAUUGUAGGAUCUUUAGGAAUUCUGAAAGGCUUCAUUCUGCUUUAGUGGAUGCCUUGUGUAACCCGAUCACUGCCGAAUGUAGUGUUUCCUAUGAGGUUCCGUCUGACGAGAAACGGCUUCUAGAGGAUAAAAUAGUAUCUGUCCUUGGAUGCAUUGUGGCCCUUGUGAAUAAUGGGAGGCGGGAUCUUCUUUCUGGAAGAUCAUCGAUUGUGACUCCCUUUCGUGCUGCAGAGGUUGGUGUGAUGGAGGAUACACUUCCCCCACUUGCCCUUUUCAGGAGCGAGAUGAAGAGGUGUUGUGAGAGCUUACAUGUUGCUCUUGAGAACUAUUUAGUUCCUGGUGAUGAUCGGAGCUUGGAUGUGUGGAGGAAACUUCAGAGACUGAAGAAUCUGUGCUAUGAUUCUGGCUUUCCUCGUGGGGAGGAUUGUCCAUGUCCUUCGCUGCUUGCGAAUUGGAGUCCUGUGUGCUUAUACACUCCCAUAGAGGACAUGGAAUCCAAAGAAUCUGAAGCAGCUUUUUGGACAGGCGGGCAGGUCACGGAGGAAGGUCUAAAGUGGUUACUUAAUAAAGGAUAUAAGACCAUCAUAGAUCUAAGAGAAGAAGAUGUAAAAGAUAGCUUCUAUCAAGCAGCUGUGCAUGAUGCUAUUUCAUCUGAAAGUAUUGAGUUGGUCAGGAUCCCUGUUAAAGAUGGGACUGCACCUACGAUGGAACAGGUUGAGAGGUUUGCAUCUUAUGUUUCAAAUUGCAGUAAAAGACCAAUUUAUCUUCAUAGCAAGGAAGGAAUUUGGAGAACAUCUGCCAUGGUCUCUAGAUGGAGGCAGUACAUUACUCGUACUACAUCAGAGCUUGUUUCUAAUCAAGCAGUUAUUUCCAAUGUCGUGUUAUCAGAUUCCACAAAUGGAUCUGGAAAAAUGGAGGACUCAAUGAUUGCCGAGGGGUCCUUCCAGGAAAAGGAUACCAAUUUGCUGCUCGAGGGUGCAACACAUGGUUCUGCUGCCUCAUUUGACUCAUGUAACUCUUCAAAGACGAAUAAUGAAAAACCAAAAAGCAAUGGGGGCAUAAGUCAACUUACUCCUGAUAGUAGGGCCUCAUCACAAGUCACUGGUGCUUCUGGGGAAGGAUCUUUUCCAAGUUUCUCCAGUAAAAUUAACCCUUUAGAAGCUCAAAUUCCUCCUUUUGAUAUUUUUUCCAAAAGGGAUAUGUCCACAUUUUUGGGAAGUAGGAAGAUGUCAAAACCCUCUUAUUUCAGUUAUCAGGUUAAAAGAGUGGAAUGUCUGCCAGAGUCAAGGAGCUUUGAACCUAAAAUUGUGGGCCGAACGAAAAACUCCAAUGGGUCGGCGAGUAUGAGUAAUUCCCAUUCUGCUUGGACAACAAUUAAUGGGUAUAGUGAGGGGGAAAUGAAUUACAGGGCUGAUGCCAAUAUCUCUACUACUGUGAACAGUGAUAUUGAUAAUGUGAAUACUAACUCCGAAAGGACGGGAGAUGAUAAAGAUAAGGCUAGGUUAGCCUUACGAGAUGAAGACUUGGGGCUUAUUGAAGGAGACAUGUGUGCAUCAUCAACUGGGGUGGUAAGGGUGCAGUCGAGGAAGAAAGCAGAGAUGUUCUUAGUACGGACGGAUGGAUUUUCUUGUGCAAGAGAGAGGGUGAGUGAAUCCUCUUUGGCCUUUACUCAUCCCAGCACCCAACAACAGAUGCUAUUAUGGAAAUCUAUGCCAAAGACUGUUUUACUGUUGAAAAAGCUAGGAGGGCAUCUCAUGGAAGAAGCUAGAGAGGUUGCUUCUUUUCUGUAUUACCAAGAGAAAAUGAAUGUAUUUGUGGAACCAGAUGUGCAUGAUAUAUUUGCAAGCAUUCCUGGGUUUGGAUUUGUCCAGACCUUCUAUAGUCAGGAUACUGGUGAUCUACACGAGAAAGUGGAUUUUGUAGCCUGUUUGGGGGGAGAUGGUGUUAUACUGCAUGCUUCGAAUCUGUUCAGAGGUGCUGUUCCCCCUGUUGUGUCAUUUAACCUUGGUUCUCUUGGUUUCCUGACUUCUCAUAAUUUUGAAGACUACAAGCAGGACUUAAAACAAAUUAUCCAUGGUAAUAGUGCACAAGAUGGAGUGUACAUCACUCUCAGAAUGCGUCUUCGAUGUGAAAUUUUUCGAAACGGUAAAGCUGCACCAGGGAAAGUAUUUGAUAUUCUCAAUGAGGUUGUUGUUGAUCGGGGUUCUAAUCCAUACCUGUCAAAGAUUGAAUGUUAUGAACAUGGUAGACUUAUAACAAAGGUACAAGCUGAUGGAGUCAUUGUAGCAACCCCUACUGGAAGCACUGCCUAUUCUACAGCUGCUGGAGGUUCCAUGGUCCAUCCAAAUGUUCCGUGCAUGCUGUUUACCCCAAUCUGUCCACACUCGCUCUCAUUUAGACCAGUCAUACUUCCAGACUCUGCACAACUUGAAUUGAAGAUUCCAGAGGAUGCAAGAAGCAAUGCCUGGGUUUCAUUUGAUGGAAAGAGAAGGCAGCAACUUUCAAGAGGAGAUUCGGUUCGAAUAUCUAUGAGUCAGUAUCCACUUCCAACAGUUAACAAGUUUGAUCAAACAGGUGAUUGGUUUCAUAGCUUAAUUCGCUGCCUAAAUUGGAAUGAAAGGCUUGAUCAAAAGGCUCUAUAAAGCAUGUGAAAGUGAAGAGCGAAGAUGCUAUCUUCACCUGUACAGAUAUACGUUAGGAAUACACAAGUUUGCUAUAGAGUGCUAGUUACUGCAUUAUUUUAACAUUGGCUUCCCAUGCACACUAUUGUGGCAAGAUGAUAUGUAUUGACAUUUAAAGCUGUCAAUUGAUCUCAGAAGCAGCUCAUUGGUGUGUUUCGAAGUUCACCA